AUGUUUAAAAGUUUUAUUAGAUCUCCAAGUCCGAUUCGUGUACCUUUAUUACACAGCAAUCGUAGAAUUUCUUCCAAUUCAACAAUAACUUCACUAAAAACAAUUAAAACAACAAAUAACAAUAAGAUAAACAGUCGUUGCUUGCAUCAAAAUGUAAAAAAUACUAAUACUACAUAUGCAAAUCGAAUUUACAAAAAUACAUCAUCAAAUUCAAUCUUUAACACUACACCAAUAGCUCUCUCUUCAUCAAAAAAUUUGAAUUCUUCAAUUCGUCAUCCUUUAUCCACCACCACAAAAAUUUCAUAUCAUUUUUACAGUACAACCACAAUAAAUAAUAAGCAAUUAAAUGAAAAUAAAAGUGCUGCAAAAGAUGUUAGUGAAGAAAUUUUCACAUCGGUUCCUAAAGUUGAUGUUAAAAAAGUACUUGUAGUAGGAUCUGGAGGUCUAUCAAUUGGUCAAGCUGGUGAAUUUGAUUAUUCUGGAUCACAGGCUAUUAAAGCUUUACGUGAAUCUAAUGUGCAUACAGUUCUUGUAAACCCCAAUAUUGCCACAAUUCAAACAUCACAUGCUUUAGCAGAUACUGUCUAUUUCUUGCCUGUCACUGUUGAAUAUUUAACCUAUAUUAUUGAACGUGAAAGACCUGAUGGCAUAUUACUUACUUUUGGUGGCCAGACUGGUCUUAAUGUUGGUAUUAAGUUGGAACAAAUGGGUGUUUUGUCAAGAUUGGGCGUGAAAGUUUUGGGUACUCCAAUUCGUACUUUGGAAGUUAGUGAAGAUAGAGAUCUUUUUGCUAAAGCUUUGGCAGAAAUUGAUAUUCCUGUUGCACAAUCCACUGCAGUAAAUACUGUUGAUGAUGCACUUAAAGCAGCUGAAGAAAUUGGAUAUCCAAUAAUUGUUAGAUCUGCAUUCGCACUUGGUGGUCUUGGUUCAGGUUUUGCUAAUACACCUGAGGAAUUACGCAGUUUGUCCACCAAAUCUUUAGCAUUGUCAAAACAAAUCCUUGUAGAGAAGUCCAUGAAGGGUUGGAAAGAAGUUGAAUAUGAGGUGGUUCGUGAUGCUGCUAAUAAUUGUAUUACUGUUUGUAAUAUGGAAAAUUUUGAUCCAUUGGGCAUUCAUACUGGUGACUCAAUUGUGGUUGCCCCAAGUCAAACUUUAAGUGAUCAAGAGUAUCAUAUGCUCCGUACUGCUGCAAUCAAAAUCAUUCGCCACUUGGGUGUUGUUGGUGAAUGUAAUGUACAGUAUGCUUUGAACCCUGAAAGCCUAGAAUUCAAAGUUAUUGAAGUUAAUGCUCGUCUUAGUCGUAGUAGUGCACUUGCAUCAAAAGCCACUGGUUACCCACUUGCAUUUGUUGCUGCAAAAAUUGCCUUGGGUCACACACUUCCUGAACUCCGUAAUGCUGUUACUAAAACAACAACUGCCUGUUUUGAACCUUCUUUAGAUUAUAUUGUAACAAAAAUUCCAAGAUGGGAUUUAAGUAAAUUUCAACAUGUAAGACGUGAAAUUGGUAGUUCAAUGAAGAGUGUUGGUGAAGUAAUGGCUAUUGGCAGAACUUUUGAAGAAAGUUUACAAAAGGCUAUUCGUCAAGUUGAUCCAUCUUUCAAAGGGUUCCAAUCUAUUCCAUUUAAUGAUCUUGACAAUUCAUUGACAAUACCCACAGACCGUCGAUUAUUUGCUGUUGGAAAUAUUGUCAAUGUUCAACAUGAAUUAAAACAUGCUGGAAAACUUGAAAAUAUUUCAAAAGAAUUGUUACAAGAAGCUAAAAAGAAAGGAUUUUCUGAUGCUCAGAUUGCCUCAUUUUUGGAAGAAAAUGUUACUGAAGAUCAAGUCAGGAAAGCUAGAAAAGAUGUUGGUAUUACACCAUUUGUUAAAAGAAUUGAUACUCUUGCUGCAGAAUUUCCAGCCCACACAAAUUAUUUGUACACCACAUAUAAUGCUUCAACUCAUGAUAUAGAUUUUAAUGAUCAUGGUUCUAUGGUGUUGGGAUCUGGUGUAUAUCGUAUUGGAUCAUCAGUUGAAUUUGAUUGGUGUGGUGUAUCAGCAAUUCGUGCACUUCGUGAUAUGGGCAAAAAGACUGUCAUGGUAAAUUACAACCCAGAGACUGUUUCAACUGAUUUUGAUGAAUGCGACAGACUUUACUUUGAGGAACUUUCAUAUGAGAGAGUUAUGGAUAUUUAUGAACAAGAAAAUGCAAAAGAUAUAGUUGUAUCUGUUGGUGGUCAAUUACCACAAAAUAUUGCUUUAAGGUUACACCAAAACAAUGUUAAUAUAAUGGGUACUAGUCCUGUUAUGAUUGAUAAAGCUGAAGAUAGAUACAAGUUCUCCAAGAUUUUAGAUCAAAUUGGUGUUGAUCAACCUGAAUGGAAGGAGUUGACUAGUGCUGAAGAAGCUGAAAAAUUUGCUGAUAAAGUUGGAUACCCAGUUCUUGUUCGUCCAUCAUAUGUACUUUCAGGUGCUGCUAUGAAUGUUUGUCAUAGUCAUGAAGCAUUACACAAAAACCUUUCUGAGGCUACAUCUGUUUCACCAUUACAUCCAGUAGUUAUUACCAAAUUUAUUUUGGGUGCCUCUGAAAUUGAUAUUGAUGCUGUAGCCUACAAAGGUAAACUGUUGGUUCAUGCAGUAUCUGAGCAUGUAGAAAAUGCAGGUGUACAUUCUGGUGAUGCAACCUUAGUUUUACCACCUCAUGACAUUAGCAAAGAAACAAUGGAAAAUUUAAAAGUGAUUGCACAAAAAGUUGCAAAAGCAUUUGAAAUUACAGGACCAUUUAAUAUGCAGAUCAUUAAGAAAGAUGAACCUGAUGGUGAAGUAGAAUUGAAGGUUAUUGAAUGUAAUCUUAGGGCAUCUAGAUCAUUCCCAUUUGUUUCUAAAGUUCUUGGUGUUAACUUUAUUGAUGUUGCAACUCGUGCUUUAUGUGAUGAAAAUGUACCUGAACCAGUUGAUCUUAUGAAAGAAAAGAGAGAUUACCAAGCAGUCAAAGUACCACAAUUCUCAUGGACUCGUUUACAAGGAGCCGAUCCAUUCCUUGGUGUGGAAAUGGCAUCAACAGGAGAAGUGGCAUGUUUUGGUAAAGAUAAAUAUGAAGCUUACUGGGCAGCCAUCCAAUCUACACAAAACUUUAGAGUACCAGAACCUGGAUCUGGCAUUUUAAUUGGUAGAGAUGAACUUACAAAUGAUGAAGAUUUCUUUACUGUUGCAUAUACAUUAUCAAAGGAUUUAAAUCAUCCAUUGUACACAAGUUCAAAACAAGUAACAGACUGGUUAAAUAAACGUGCCAUACAUGCUACAACAUUAUCUUUACCAGUUGAUGAUAAAAAAGAAUUGCAAAAGGCUUUCAAAGAUAAUAAAAUAGAUUUUGUAUUUAAUUUGGCACAACUUCGAGCUUCAACCAUUGGUGAUGAAAAUUACAUUGAAAGAAGGUCAGCUGUAGAUUUUGGUAUACCAUUGGUCAAUGAUGGCAAAUGUGCCAAAUUAUUUGUAGAAGCUCUCAAGAGAAAAAGAAUUGAAUUUAGUGGAUUAGUUGAUGGUAAAAUACCAAAUGAAGUUAAAAGUUGGUCGGAUUUUAUUGGAGGAAGACAUUGUUAA